ACCCCCAAAAUUCCAGAGUUUUGUCCGGGGGAGGGUUUCACGAUGACCGCCAAGCACCGUGUCCCGGGCAGCAGCUUUCCACCUCCGGGCUCUCAAGGAUCAUAUGUUGAGUAGAAUACCAGAGAAGCUUGCGAGUUCAGCUGCUGCAGCUACAAAAUGAUCUUGCCUCUUUAGUUGGCACUUGGCAGCUUGGUGAUCAGUUCAAUUCCAUACCUCGUGUAGAUUUUCCCUUUCCAGAUGUCUCCCACCAUCAUUACCAGAUUUUGUUGAGCCUGGUAGAUAUGAGAUUGCUAGUCUACCUAAUGGUAUCAAAAUUGCCUCAGAAACAUCAGUGCUUCAUGAGGGUUAUACAUUGAUAAUGGUUCAAUUAUGAGUCACCAAACUGUUUUGGGACCACUGUUCUGCUUGAGCGUAGGGCAUUCAAGAGCACAACAAACUGUAGCUAUUUGUGGGUUGUGAUAGAAUUGGAGGAAAUUGGUGGCCAUGUGCAAGCCUCAGCUUCUAGGGAGCCAAUUUGUAACACCUUUAGUGCUCUGAAGACUUGUGUUCCUGAAAUGGUAAAACUACUUAUUAUAUGAGGAAACCUGCCCUCUUGGAUUGGAAGGUCAAUGAACAGAAGGUGAAAGCAGAAAUAGCUGAAGCUUCCAACAAUCCUCAAAGCUUGCUUUCGGAGGCAAUUCACUCUGCUGGCUAAGUGGAUAUUCUGUUGCCUUCGCAAAUCCUCUUCUAGUUCCAGAAUCCACUAUAAGCAGAUUGAAUAGUACAAUUCUUGUGGAAUUUAUAUCAAUUUAUGUAUCUUUACUGGAUUUUGGGAAAAUUGUGCUGCUCCUCACUUGGUACUUUCAGCAUCUGGAGUUGAGCAUGGGGAACUGAUUUAUCAGUAGAUUGCUUUUGUCAGAUCUUUCUAAAAUCCAUUACCUUGAAGAGCCAAAGUCUGCAUACAUUGGAGGAUGUUAUUGCAUUUGACGUUUUAAACUUCCUGGUGGUUAGGCAGAAGAAGAAGGAAGCUAUGGUUUUGAAUGUCCUCCAGAGCUCAGGUUUUGUACCAAAGACUUUUGAUUUAGCAGCCAAGGAACUUAUUGCAGUUGCAACACUAGGGGAAGUUGACCUGAAACAACUAGGUUGUGCUAAACUGUUGACAAAAAUUGCAAUCUUGAUGAACUUGGAAUCCAGAAUUGUUGCCUCAGAGGAUAUUCGUAGACAAGUUUUGACAUAUGGGAAAGGAAACCUGUGGAACAUUUCUUAAAUGCCGUUCAAGAAGUCAUACUGAAAGAUACUUCUUCUAUAGCCCAAAAGCUUCUAUUAUCCCCCCUCACAAUGGCAUCAUAUGGAAACGUUAUUAAUGUCUCAAGUUACAAUUCAGUUAGCAGCAAGUUGUAAACGAUCAUAUGGAAACGGUAUUUCCAAGUCUAGAAUUUAUAUACUGUUUUGUUGCAACAAAACACAUGCUUUUUACACAAUUGGAAAGCUAUGGUGAUCUUUCUUCGUUUUGUUACUAUUUUGCUGUUAUUAAUGCAAGUUCAAGUAAACGAGAUUGCUUUCUUGUCUCAAACUGGGCAGUUAUCUAAACUGUUUUUUGUACUGUUGUGCGUCUGCAAUUCCUUGGAGCUAUUUCAUUGCAAGAUGUAGUUGUUGUAAAUAAGGAGUCUAGACGUUGGCCUAUUUAAAAUAAAUAGUUUAUCCCAAGCAAGCAGCAUGAAUUGAAUUGGUUUGUUGUUGGUGUGCACUUCCAAGUUUUUCUAGUGCACUCCAGGACUUUGCUGUUUCUUUUUGGUUGGAAAAAAUUCCAUGUUCUUUU